AUGGAGGAUAUCGAUGGAUUGUUUGAUUUCCUUGGGCCCGAGAAAAGGCAAGCAGACGAAGUGGAAGAAGACAAACAAAUUGACGAAUACAUGGCCAAGAGAAAGAAACAAAUAGAAGAGAAGUACAAAGAUUUCAUGCCCAACGACACACCCGCGCCAGUACUCGAGGCACAGUACCAGGGGUGUAGCCACGACAUCGCAGUCCCUGAUGGAACAACUCCAACAGAAGUAAUGUACAACCCUAAAUACCCUGAAAACCCAGCAAAAACGUAUCCUUUCACGUUGGACGAUUUCCAGAGACUUUCUGUCUCAUGCAUAGCUCAGAAUGAAAGUGUUUUGGUUUCCGCGCACACGUCGGCUGGUAAAACAGCUGUUGCAGAGUACGCGAUUGCACAGGCACUUAAGAACAAUCAACGAGUUAUUUAUACAUCACCAAUCAAAGCUCUCAGUAACCAGAAGUUCAGAGACUUGCAAGAACAAUUCAAAGAUGUUGGGCUUAUCACUGGUGAUAUCUCGACGAAUGAAACUGCAUCCUGUUUGGUCGUUACUACAGAGAUUUUGAGAAACAUGUUAUACCGCGGAAACGAUGUGAUGAGAGAAGUCGCUUGGGUCAUAUUUGAUGAAAUCCAUUAUAUGCGUGAUAAAGAACGAGGUGUCGUCUGGGAAGAAUCUAUUAUUCUUCUCCCAAACAAUGUCCACUACGUUUUUUUGUCGGCGACCAUUCCAAAUGCUCUUGAGUUUGCAAAAUGGAUCGCCAAAAUCCACGACCAAGUGUGCCACGUUGUUUACACCGACUACAGACCUACCCCAUUGUGCCAUUACCUUUUCCCAAUUAACGGAAAUGGAAUUCAUCUGGUUGUUGACAAAGAAUGCAAAUUCAGAGAAGAAGGAUUUUCAAAGGCUUUGACUGCACUGGGCCUUGAUGCUGUUGGAAUUCAGACAAACAAAGGUGGGAAGUCCUCAGCGAAGAAUGACAUCCUGAAAAUCAUUACAAUGAUCAACAAAAACAAUUUGGCGCCAGUCGUUGUCUUCUCGUUCUCUCGAAAAGACGUGGAGGCUCUUGGAAAAUCGAUUAUGAGAUUAAACUUCACCUCGGACGACGAGAAAGCGCUCACCACCAAAAUCUUCACAAAUGCCAUCCAAUGUUUGAAAGAGCACGACAGAAAGCUUCCCCAGAUAACUGAGAUAUUCCCACUCUUGUUACGUGGUAUUGGUAUCCAUCACUCGGGGUUACUCCCCAUUGUCAAAGAAGUUGUGGAGUUGUUGUUCCAAGAAGGGCUUUUGAAGUGUUUGUUUGCAACUGAAACAUUUGCGAUGGGGUUGAACAUGCCAGCGCGUACGGUUGUAUUCACUGAUGUGAAGAAGUUUGAUGGGAAACAAUCGAGGUUUUUGAGACCAGGAGAAUACAUUCAGAUGUCUGGACGAGCUGGGCGGAGAGGAAAGGAUGAUCAAGGAACAGUCAUAUUAAUGGUCAAUCAAAAGAUUGAGCCGAAUAUUUUAAAGAACAUGGUUUUCGGUAAAGCAGAGCCUUUAAUGUCUUCAUUCUAUUUGGGAUAUAACAUGUUGCUCAACUUGAUGAAACUUGAAGCAUCGGAUCC